AUGAAACGCAGACAGAAGAUAACAAUUGCCGCUGUAUCUCUAGUAAGCGUUACCGUGAUUCUUACAAUGUGCUUUACUCAGUUGCUUCACAAGAAGACAGAACAUCACCAUCAACCGCCGGCACAAUGCCCUCAAAAUGUGAAUCAGAAGUACGUAUCGGGCGUUUACUAUUCAGACUGGUCACCCUACGAGCCACGGAUGCAUUUCCCCAAGAACAUAGACACUUCCAAGAUCACUCAUAUAUAUUACUCGUUCUUUUUGGUGGAUGCAGAUUCAAGUGCUCUUAAAUUGGGUGAUUCGUGGUCAGAUAUAGAAAUGCCCAUGGGCAAGAAUACUGUUUUGAAGGGCUGUAUUGGCGCUUUGAAUUCACUGCGAGACGAAAAACCAGGGUUCAAGAAUAUAAUGGCGGUUGGAGGCUGGUCAAAUAAGGAUGCAUUCCCCCUAGCGUUGAGAAAGAAACAUGGUGUUGAAAAAUUGGCACAAUCCUGUGUGGAAACCAUGUUUCAGUACGGAUUUGAUGGAAUUGAUCUGGAUUGGGAGUACCCAAAAGACGACGGUAAGGAACCCCGCAUUUACUUGGAAUUGAUGAGAAAAAUACGGCAACAUAUGAAUGAACUGGAGAUUGCAAUUUGGGGUGACAAAAAACGUAGGUUCCAUCUUUCUGUCGCGACCCCAGCGUUUUAUGACAAAUUGGAGACCUUCCCGAUCAAAGAGAUGGAUCAGUACAUUGAUUACUGGAACAUGAUGACGUAUGAUUACUAUGGUGAAUGGUCAUCUGGAACCGGUUUCCACAGCAAUCUUUACGAUGGCACAAACAAAUUCUCUGAACACUCACUCUGUGCGGAUGGUGCAAUCCGAUACAUGACCAACAAGAUUGGUAUCAAUUCAAGGAAGGUCGUGCUGGGUAUGGCCUUGUACGGUAGGGGUUUCACAAAUGUAAAAGAGGGAGAUCCUAAAAAGACAUCUGGGUUGAUAAACCGUAAAUUCAAAGGAGUUGGCGGUGAGUCUGAAGGCGAGCCCGGUAUGUGGUUGUACAAUCAGUUGCCAAUACGAGGGACUCAGGAGGUCUUUGAUGAGCAGUAUGGUUCUGCAUAUUGUUUUGACCCGAAAACCAAGACCCUUGUCGGUUACGACAAUGUCGAUUCCACAAGACAGAAAGCGCAGUAUGUACGGUUCCACAACCUUGCUGGUGGAUUUUGGUGGGAAUCUUGUGGCAAUAAGUGGGACAACGUUCAACAGUCCCUAGUGCAUGUCUUCAAUGAAGACAUUGAACGUCUAGAUCGGAACGAGACAAACCUGUACCAGGAUCCCAAGUUACGAGAACAUUACCUGCAAAUAUUUGCCAAAAGUGGAUUUCUCGCAGCAACUUUCAAAUGA